AUGGCAAUGGAUCAAAGCAGCACUUCUGUGGAUCUCAGCAGCACUCCGCCUUGGGAGCUGGACAAGUUUAUACAGGAUCACCUUCUUGGUGACCCCACCUUCAUUACUGAGAUCAGAGCAGACAUCUAUGUCAUAAGUGCUUUUCUGAAGGAGAGAUGUUUCCAAGGUGCCGCCCACCCCGUGAGGGUCUCCAGGGUAACGAUGGGUGGCUCCUACAAUGAAUACACCGUGCUCAAGGGCAGGUCAGAGACCGACCUUGUGGUAUCCUUUAACAAUCUCAAAAGCUUUGAUGAUCAGUUCAAGCGAAGGGAAGAGUUCAUUAAGGAAAUUCAGAAACACCUGAGCCAGUUGCAAAAAGAAAAACAAUUGGGAGAGAAGUUUGAGGUCCAGAGCUCACAGCAUCUCAACUUCAGGUAUCUGAGCUUCAAGCUGAGCUACCCUCAGUUCCAACAGGAGGUGAAAUUUGAUGUGCAGCCAGCCUAUGAUGUCCUGUCUCAAGUGAAAAAGAAAGAGGCCGUUGACUCUGAAAUCUUCAACAAAAUGUACGCCCGACUCAUCCGUGAGUGCAACAUCCUGAAUAAGGCGGGCAAGUAUUCCAACUGUUUCUUGGAGCUCCAGCAAAACUUCCUGUGGAAACGUCCAAACGAGCUGAAGAAUCUCAUGUGUCUGGUCAAGCACUGGUAUCAACUGUGUCAGGAGAAGCUGAGGAAGCUGCUGCCACCACAGUAUGCCCUGGAGCUGCUCACAGUCUAUGCCUGGGAAACUGAGAUUCCAGACAAAUGUGAAGGACAGACAGCCCAGGGUUUCCGGACUGUGUUAGAGCUGAUCAUUCAGUUCUUAAAGCUUCGAAUCUACUGGACGUAUUAUUAUGAUGCCAUCAAUGAAGAGGUCAAUGCCUACCUGUCCAUAAAGGUCAAAAAAGACAGACCUAUGAUCUUGGAUCCGGCAGACCCAACAUGGAACGUGGCUGGUUUUAACUUAGAGGGCUGGCGCCUGCUGGCAGAAGAAGCAAAAGCCUGGCUGAAAUACCCGUGCUUUCGGCUCAUUGAUGAUAUCCCCGUGGGCUCCUGGGAUGUUCCGGCAGAGAAACAAGGAUGUUUCUUCCUGUGA